CAGAAAGAGUUAGAAAUACAAUAAAACAUUUGUAGCUCCACAUAUCAAACACAGGCACAUGUAUGCUGGAGCUCUUACGUCAAUCUAGAUUGUAAAGAAAAAUGUGUAAGAUUUCCAAAAAAGACAACCGGAUGAGUUGGUUACCAUAUAUCAAGGCAAAUUAAAUGAAAAGUUUAUAAUUGGACUAAAGAAUACAGAAAAAAAGUACAUUUAAAGGAGGAACAGACCACAGCGAGUAAACAUUUUGAUUGGACUUUUGGAGCAAUGAUGAACACAAGGACAUUGACAGCGAUCGUCUUCCUGAGCAUGUUUGUGGCAAUAACUUGUACAAGAGGUGAAGAUCAAACAAUCUUUGUGGGCCCUAACCUAAUACAACAGAGCCCAGCUUCUGUGGCUGGCAAAGUGAAGAAUAUGAUUACAGGUCAGGACAUAAUGACUUUGACUAAUAAUUUUCUAUCCAUUAUUGCAGUUUACAAAGCUCAAACUUUUAUGGAGGGAAGCAAUGUCACUUUAAAGUGUGACAAUACAGAGAUCAAAUGGAAUGAACUCCUUUACAUCAUCUGGAAUAUUAGCUUACAAAGCAGAGAAUGUUGGAUUGGCUUUGAAUUACUGAAUAAAAAUAUCCAAAACUCCUGUAAUGAUGGAAAGAUGCUGCUCAACUCUUCAGAUGGAUUUUCUUUAUUCAUUCCAAAGAUUUCAAAGAAAGAUGAAGGAUCUUACUUAUGUGACGUAUCAUAUAAAGGUGGUGGCUAUAGACAAAAUGUAAAUAUCAGUGUUAGUAACUUUACCAGUUGGCUGGAGGUUAACAAUGGUCAGAGAGUUGCCAUCUGUCAAGCCAAAUAUGAAGAAUCUGAACCCACUCUUCAAUGGGAACCUGCCUUGAACUUUUCAUCCAAUAUCAGUUAUGUCCAGAUCAGCAAUAUGUCUGUUAUGGAGAGUCGAGUAUACUUGCCUAAUGCCAUCAGUGACCUUAAGUGUGUUGCCACGUACCCUCCUAAGUCAGGGCAACAGAAUACAACUUAUAAUCUUACAAAUUCAGACAUCAUUGCCAUUGCGGUUGCUUCCAGUUGUUUUAUUCUUUUAUCUCUGAUUGUGGGUUACAUACUACGCAGAAAGCUUAACAGCUUAAGUGCAAUGAAGAUGUGUUGUAAAUCCCAAAUCUCGACACCAGCUGAAGACAAACCAGCCCAGGUCCCUGAUGUGGAAGAAGUGGAACCAUAUGCAAGUUAUAUACAGCGGGUCAACUCCAUCUAUAACUCUUCAGCUGAACUCUUCAAUGCCUGAGGAGAAGGAAAAACACACACACUUUAUGUGAUCUAAUAAGAUAACAGAAGAGUGAUACAUGCCGAACGAGAAUGAGGACAGAAAAGUGACGCAUUGUGGUCAAUAUUACACACACGAACAACAAUACUAGUGGAAAAUCUGUCAUUUCAAGAGCAUCCCCGAAGCAAACAGACUCUAAAUGAGGGUUAAAAAUCACGUUGAGUCAAAUGAUGAAAUGUGAUGACAGAGGACCAUUUAUCAUCUUUUGUGCUGAGGAAAGAACAGAUAACUUUCAUGUCGGUGAAAUCACUAAUAUGCAGAUUUGUAGAAUCAUUUGAACAAAAUGUACAGAUAUAUUUUCUUUUACAGUGUUAAAUAAAAAAUACUUAAAAUACUAAUGUGGACCUUGCACAAGGACCUUGCACGAAUUAAAAUAUCUAUGUAAAUAAACUGUAUUAUAAUGUUACAUUUCCGUUUUGUUUGUAUUCUUAAUGUAUUUUGAUCCCAUGACUAUCUGAGUUAUUAAAGCAUAAUAAAGUAUCAACUGAA